UUUUCCAAACGCGGAUUAAAAAUGGUGAGUGAGAGCUCGGGAUCGUGCUUCUUUUUGUGGGUUUGAGUAGAUCGAGAGAUCGAGAUCGAGAGAGAGAGAGAGAGGGAUCUCGCGAUGGUGGGCUCCUCGACCCUCGGUUCGAUCCUCGUCUCCUUCCUCCUCCUCCUCCUCCUAGGAUCAUCUCAAUCCAAAACCGUGAAGAGAGAUGUAAAAGCACUGAAUGAAAUCAAGGCUUCAUUGGGAUGGAGGGUUGUUUAUGCAUGGGUAGGAGAUGAUCCGUGCGGAGUUGGUGAUCUUCCCCCGUGGUCCGGAGUGACAUGCUCCCAGCAAGGAGAUUACAGAGUUGUUACAGAAUUGGAAGUUUAUGCAGUAUCACUUGUUGGUCCUUUUCCGACUGCUGUUACAAAUCUCUUGGAUUUAACAAGACUGGAUCUCCAUAAUAACAAGUUGACUGGGCCCCUCCCUCCUCAGAUUGGACGGCUGAAACACCUCAGGAUAUUGAACUUGAGAUGGAACAAGCUUCAAGAUGUCAUUCCACCUGAAAUCGGUGAAUUGAAGAAACUAACCCACCUGUACCUGAGCUUCAAUAACUUCAAAGGUGAAAUACCUGUCGAACUUGCUAACUUACCGGAACUUCGCUAUCUUUACCUUCACGAGAACCGCUUCACCGGCAAAAUCCCCCCUGAGCUGGGAAACCUCAAAAACCUACAUCACCUAGAUCUAGGUAACAACCGCUUAACUGGAACGCUAAGGGACUUUAUCCGCUAUGGGAAUGGCUUUCCUUCCCUGCGCAAUCUAUACCUAAACAACAACCAAUUAAGUGGAGGAAUACCCGAUCAGAUUGCAAACUUGACCAACCUGGAAAUCUUGUAUUUAUCAAACAAUAAAAUGACCGGACCGAUCACUACAAAGCUUGUUCAAAUUCCGAGAUUAACCUAUUUGUACUUGGAUAACAAUGCAUUCACUGGGAGAAUCCCCGAAGGAUUAUACAAACAUCCCUUCUUGAAAGAGCUGUACAUUGAAGGUAACCAAUUCAAGCCCGGUGCGAAGCCGAAGGGCACGCAUAAGGUGCUCGAAUUAACCGACACGGAGUUAUUGUUCUAAUGAUGGGGUUUUAUUCAGAGGUUAUUUUUCAGGUGAAAAUGACAAGCACAUUUUGGUAGUUAUUAUAUAUAUUACAGGAGAGGCAUUUAAUAGCAAAAGUUUAAGUAAAUUGCAAGUGUUAAGUGGUUAUUCUUGUGUGAUUUAUAUGGUUUGAUACAAUAUAAUAUAUAAGGUUUUAUCAAGGCUAUAUGAGCCGUUGGAUUU